GUGAGACAGUGACGACGGGAACCCUGGGCCUGCAGUCAGUGACAGCCCCAUCUCCUCCCUCCACACAAUGCCCUUGUCUCAUGGAUGCACUCAUGUCUCUCCUGUGCCUUGUUUUUGGAUUUAUGGAGCUCGCAGCUGCAGCUGCUCUGACUGUGAGUCCCAGCAGAUCUCAGUUCUUUGAGUUAGGCUCUGUGUUUCUGAGCUGUGAGGAGGAAAAAAGCUCUGCUGGAUGGACUGUAUGGAGGAACACAGUCAGAAGAACCAGGACUCAGUGUGGAAAGGAAUGGGGGGAAUCAGCUGGUUCUACCUGUAGCAUCAGCUACCUCCACCCAGCAGACAGUGGAGUUUACUGGUGUUGGUCCAGAGAGGGAGCAGCCAGCGGCAGCAUCAACCUCACUGUCACUGGUGGAUCAGUGAUCCUGCAGAGUCCUGUCCUCCCUGUGAUGGAGGGAGAUGACGUCACUCUGAGCUGUCUAACAAAGACCACUCCCUCCAACCUCCCAGCUGCUUUCUAUAAAGAUGGCUCCCUCAUCAGGACUGAGCCCAAAGGUCACAUGACCCUCCACCAUGUGACCAGCUCUGAUGAAGGCCUCUACAAGUGUAACAUCAGAGGUCAUGGAGAGUCUCCAUCCAGCUGGAUCUCUGUUGAAGUAAGAGCCACCUCUGGAGCUCCGCCCCCCGCCUCCCUCCAGCUCCUAGGACCGAUCUGCCACCUGGUGGUGUUCUGUGUCUUCUUCACCUCAACUCUCCUGAUUUCGGCCUAUUAGGGACAGAGCCACAGGCAUCACACAGCUCCAAACAUGCAAGACCAACACAGAACAGCUGAGGAGGAAAACGCCAACAAUGAGCAUCACUUCUGAGCUGCAGAGCUUAUGUUAGAUCCCUUACAUUGUUAUUGUAAGAAUACAAAUCUAAACCACUGAUUCACAAAACAUGUACUUAAGAGUUUUUAUUGAGUGUAAGGUGAAUAAAAAGGAGUUCAAAGGUCAGUGGCGUUUGG